AUGGGCCAGCCGUCCUUUGAGGCAUCCAAUGCCAUCAUCUACCUCACCUACGGGGCCUUUCUGGUCCUCGGCACUGCAAUCGCCUGGAAGCUCCGUAGCCAAGUAAAGACAGACUUCCUCUCCAGUAAUGGAACCCAGACUGCCUGGCCUUUGGCCCUGAACUUCAUCGCUUCGGCGCUCGGUUCCGGAGUCUUAACCACCUAUCCCGAAGUGGCGACCCUCACCGGCGUCCAGGGAAUGCUCAUUUACGCCUUCUCGUCUGCCUUGCCCAUGCUCAUCUUUGGUGCGCUUGGCCCCAUCAUCCGUCGCCAGUGCCCCGAGGGCUUCGUCUUGACCGAAUGGGUCAGGCAGCGAUAUGGCACUCUUGCCAUGCUCUGGCUCAGCUUCAUGACCCUCGUCACCCUCUUUUUGUACAUGAUCUCGGAGCUCUCUGCAAUUGGCCAGAUUGUCACCCUCUUGACUGGUCUUGAUGGUUUGCCCGUCAUGAUUGUCCAGUGCGUUGUGACUACCAUCUAUACGUCUCUGGGAGGAUUCAAGAUUUCUUUCCUCACAGAUACCGUCCAGGGCUCCAUGGUCGUCGGUCUGAUCAUCAUGGGCACCAUCGCUGUCGGCGUCAAUGUCAAGAUCCAGCCAGGUCUUGUGGAGGAGUCUGGCUACCUCGAGGCCAGCCUUGUUGGAUGGCAGCUUCUCUACAUUCUGCCCGUCGCUAUCUUCACCAACGACUUCUUCCUGUCGCAGUUUUGGCUGCGAACCUUCUCUUCCAAGACUGACAAGGACUUGUGGAUUGGCGUCUCGGUCGCAACAGUCGCCCUCCUCUGCAUCCUCACCCUCGUGGGAUCCAGCGGCCUCAUCGCGACUUGGUCUGGUGCUUGGCCCGGCGACCCACCCCAGCUCGGUUCCGUCGCCUUCUUCACCCUCCUCGAGCAGCUGCCCAACUGGGUCGUUGGCGUUAUCCUCGUCAUGACCGUCUCGCUCAGCACCGCCGCCUUCGACAGCUUCCAGAGCGCCAUGGUCUCUUCCGCCUCCAACGAUCUCUUCCGCAACAAGAUCAACAUUUGGUUCAUCCGCGCUCUCGUCGUCCUCAUCAUCUUCCCCGUUGUCGCCAUCGCCAUCAAGGCCCCCUCUGUCCUUCAAAUCUACCUCAUCAGCGACCUGGUCUCCGCGUCUACUGUGCCCGUGCUCCUUCUUGGCCUCUCCAGCCGCUUCUACUGGUGGCGCGGCUUCGAGGUCAUCGUCGGCGGAGUCGGUGGUCUUCUCACGGUCUUCAUCUUUGGCACGAUCUACUACGGUAGCGCCCAGGCGGGAGGCGAGCUUCUGCUCGUCCAGCAGGGUCUCUAUUCUGGCGACUGGGGUGCCUUUGGCGCUUUCGUUGCCGCCCCCGUGGGAAGCUUCAUCUGGGCCUUCGCCGCUCUGGGUCUACGCCUCACGUAUCAAUUCGUUCGCUCCAAGAUGACUGGCCACCCAUUCACGGCUCUCGACCCUCCCGCUCGAGCUUCGGCUCACGACGAGGAGCCCGAGUAUUCCACCCAGAACGAAGUGGUUACUACCAAGGGCCCAGGCAAGUUCUUCUAG